ACACCGUCAGGUACACAAUAAACGCCAUCACCCUUGUGAAUUAACAAUAACAUAUCGCGAUCAGUCUGGCUCCCGUGUGCGUGGACUCAACCGCCCGGACAAUAGUUUGUUGAGUACCGUGAUCUGUUCAUUCUCCCGGGCAAAACUUGCUCCGCCAGGGACGGUGAGCGCCAGUCUCUCGCAUUGGUUUUCCGGAGCCGGUUGUGUUUCUGCAAAGUCUCGUCUGCCGGGUGUGAGCCGUCUGCAGCCGGCGUAACCACAUCCCCGCGACACGCUAACCGAUCACUGCACAAGAAACUCAACUGCAACAAGCUGGGAACUUUAUUGACUUGAACUUCGUAGCAUUGACAGUUCAACUUUCCCAUUCAGAUUUGGUAGAUCGGUAUAGGACACGCAAACCUCACUCCAAACAUGCAGUUAGACGAAGCCCUACGCUAUCUUGGCAACUUUGGCCGCUACCAGACAGCAGUGUUUGUUCUCUUUUGUGUGGCUGGGUGUGCCUUCCCAGCCUGGCAGAUGAUGGCCAUGGUCUUCAUCACCGACAAGCCGGUCGGAUACCAGUGCAAGAUCCCUCCAUCUGCCGGCCAUGAUAAUGCAUCCGACGGUUGGUACUCUGCCAACGUCUCCGAGCGCCUGUACCGAGGAGACAACUCCUCGGUCGUGUUGAGUGACGUCGCAGAGUGCUUUGUUAACGACUCGAAUACUGGGGAUCAGACUGCCUGCACUGAGUGGGACUACCACUUUGAAUACGGCGAAGAGACUGCCGUCUCUGAUUUCGAUCUAGUAUGCGACCGGGCCGUGCUUGCCAACACGGCCCAGUCCAUCUUCUUCGGCGGUGUCCUCGUCGGGUCCUUACUGAGCGGAGCCCUGUCUGAUGUAUUCGGCCGGAAGACGGUGCUGAUCGGCGCCUCGUUCCUUGAGGGCGUCUUCGGGAUUUGCACGGCCUUCGCGCCGAGCUUCACCGCGUUCGUCGCUCUCUGGUUCUUCGUGGGAGCUUUGGAGCAGGGCAUCAACGUGACCGGCUUCGUACUGAUCAUGGAGAUGUUCUCACCGGAGAAGAGAACCCUAGCUGGGUGUCUGACGGGCGUGGCUUGGGGCGUGGGCGUGGCCCUGGUUACGCCCUUCGCUUACUACCUGAGGGAUUGGAGGCACAUGCAGAUUGCUAUCUCAGUGCCAUUCCUGGUCGCCGUCCCGUUCAUGAUGUGGGCUUCGUUCGAAUCCGUCCGCUGGUUGAUGUCCAAGGGGCGCAUGCAAGCCGCCGAGAAAGUCCUCCACCGCAUCGCGCGGCUGAACAACAUCGAAGCGCCCGACCAGUUCCUGAAGGAUGACGACGUGGUCUCGCCUGUAGCUGGACAGACCACGGUGAAGUAUGCACCGUCAGAUGUCAACGACAACACUGGGAACGACGGCACUGCAUUAAACGACAACGGGCAUGGAACAGAAGUCAGAAUGGACGCCGUAGGGCGCCCACCAGCGUCUAAAGACACGUUUCGGUUCGCCGAGUUGCUCCAGUCAACGCGACUGUUCCGCAAUGCGUUCAUCAUGUUCUACAGUUGGUUGGUGAGUAGCAUGGUGUACUACGGUCUCUCCCUCAACAGCUCCAACCUAGCCGGGGAUAAGUACCUGAACUUCUUCCUGCUUGGACUGGUGGAGGUCCCGGGUUAUCUCGUGGUCUACCCUUUGAUCGAAUGGUGGGGUCGUCGCCCAUCUUUGAGCCUGGCCCAUUUUAUUGCGGGGGUGAGCAGUAUCAUCUGUGCAUGCAUUCCUAAUACACCAGGGGGAAGUGGGAACUUUACCCCCGCCAUUCUAGCCUUUGCUCUAGUCGGCAAGUUCUGCGCCACUAUCAGUUUCAGCACGGACUUUGUCUACGGGUCGGAAAUCUUCCCAACAUCGAUACGAAAUCUUGGAGUUGGUUUCUCCUCGUUUUCGGCCAGGAUUGGAGGCAUUUUAGCUCCAUUUGUGGUGUACCUGGCGGACGUGAGCCCGUACAUCCCUCUGAACGUGUUUGGCAUCGUGUCCGUGCUCGCUGCGGCCCUGGUUCUCAUCUUACCAGAGACUGCCAAGAAGCCUCUACCGGAGACCAUAGCGGAGGGUGAGUUGCUUGCCCGCUCGGCUGCCCCGCCUCGUCUACCGUCGUGUCUGUGGCUCGCUGGCAAACGGAGGAUGGAUGGCAAUGGCUACCAGCCUGCCUCCUCAGUGUGAAGCAAGGGCUAUAUACAAUUCUGCUACCCGGAGCUUUCAUAUGUGAAGUCUUAGUCCAAGACUGGCUUUGAAUCUAAUUCAUGUUAUAUACAGGGCAUCCUGAAAAAAAUGGCGCAUGUAAACCCCUCCAUUUUUGC